GACAACUGAAAAUAAAAUUUGUAACUGUAAAUCUACACGCAUACAAACACAAAAUAACGUUACGCCGCAUGGCUUUUCGUUUAAUGUAGUUUUUUCUCACGCACACACACACACGUAGAGCGACAUAUAGAGAAAUGGAAAAAGUAUCAAAAAAUUAUAUUGUGUAAUUUCGAAUUAUCGUCUUACUUUAAAACACACACGAAACUAAAAUAGCUGCAUUUGAAUCAACGUGCACUAAUCGAACAUAUUUGUGGCAAUAAAGCGGCGUUGCCACAUUGUUGGCACAUAGCACCAACGGCCUGCAGCGAUGUUCAUUAACAGUGCCUCAAUAUUGCGUUAAUCGAAGCACAUAAAUUGGCGUUGUUCACAGCGCUGGCCAGAAAAAAGAAACAACAAAAUACAUAGAACGACUCAAAUUUGCGUCAACGGUAAGCAGCUGACUGCCCAUGUGGAAAGAAUUCAUACGACGUCACAGCUAUCAAAGUAAGGUAGCUCCUAAUCGUGAGGGCGCCCGAUUGAUUAUACGCCGCCUACAAAAAACUGUUUUGCGAAUUUUGCGUGAACCCGAUUUCAAGAUGUCAAAAUCAUCAUUUCAGCAGAAGCCAUCCGAACCAGAAACACCGGUCGAUGGUGCGCAAUUCAACGCCCAUCGAAAUGGAAAACAGGAUAGCAAUUGCCGCACAUGUAACGAUUUCAAGUCAUGGUCAAAACAACAGCGUCUUAUUUCCAAUACGCAAGCAGCUAAGGAGAAGCAUAUAGCCACUAACGAAAAACUAACCGUAAAUGCAGCUGGCGUCGCGGCUCCCCGAGAUGAUUGCCCAUUAGAUAAGGUACGUCUUGGCAUAUCUACUUGGGGCCUGCUGCAUACCAUGGCUGCCUUUUAUUCCGACAAUCCCACUGAUACAGAGAAACGUGAUAUGCGCACAUUUUUCGAAGUACUUUCACGUUUGUAUCCAUGCGAAUAUUGUGCAAAAGACUUUCGUUCAGACAUUGAAGUAAAUCCAGUAAAUGUUAAUUCCCAAAAGGAUCUUGCCCUGUGGUUGUGCAAGUUUCAUAAUCGAGUCAACGACAAACUUGGCAAACCUCUGUUCGAUUGCAGCAAAGUGAAUGAAAGGUGGCGUGAUGGCUGGUUAGAUGGAUCCUGUGAUUAGGCUUAAGACAAUAAGCUGCAAGCACACAAAUACACACACUCACACCGACACACUCUACAACAGACACUCAGACGCACAAUGCAACUCUAGCGCAACGGUCCCAUGCCAACCUACCCAAUCCUCACAGUCAAAUCGAUCUGGCAACAUUUAGGUCAUUUAUUGUUAAACAUAUUUGGACAAGCUAGUCAAACCGAAAUUAUUCCAAUUCAGUUGGCUGUGGAGAUUUCCAGUUUCUAGUUCAAUGUUGGCAUGAAAAACGCCAAGGAUUACGUUCUGAUGCGGUAACGCGAGCAGAUAAUAAAAAAACGAUCCAUCCCACCAUUAUUUCACAAUAACCGCCGGCACUAG